AACAGCUUCAAUGAGGUGUCACCCCGAGAAACUGAAUCAUCAGAAGAUUCGAGUGGAGUCCUGCGUCGGAGAGCUGGCAAUCCGCGGAGAUGAUGAUCGGAGACGGAAUCGAAGAUGAAGAGAAAUGGCUCGCAGAAGGCAUCGCAGGAAUUCAGCAAAACGCCUUCUACUUGCAUCGAGCUAUGGAUUCGAAUAAUCUCAGAGAAGCUCUCAAGUACUCUGCUCAAUUGUUGUCCGAGCUGCGAACUUCGAGACUUCCGCCGCAUAAAUACUACGUGCUCUACAUGCGAGCAUUCGAUGAGUUAAGGAAGCUGGAGCUGUUCUUUAAGGAUGAGGAUCGCCAUGGAUGUUCAAUUGUUGACCUAUACGAACUUGUCCAACAUGCUGGCAAUGUUCUGCCUAGACUGUAUCUCCUAUGUACUGUUGGCUCAGUGUACAUCAAAUCAAAGGAGGCUCCUGCAAAGGAUAUACUGAAAGACCUUGUUGAAAUGUGUCGUGCCGUACAACAUCCUAUACGUGGACUUUUUCUAAGGAGCUAUCUUGCUCAAAUUAGCAGGGAUAAGUUGCCAGACAUUGGUUCGGAGUAUGAAAGAGAAGGUGAUACUGUCAUGGAUGCUGUGGAUUUUGUGCUGCAAAACUUCAUAGAGAUGAAUAAACUAUGGGUUAGAAUGCAACAUCAGGGACCUGCCAGGAUUGAAGAGAAGCCGGAAAAGGAACGGAGCGAGCUUCGAGAUCUUGUAGGGAAGAAUUUGCAUGUUCUUAGUCAGAUAGAGGGUGUUGACCUUGAAAUAUAUAGAGAGACCGUGCUUCCUCGAGUACUGGAGCAGGUUGUCAACUGUAAGGAAGUGCUUGCACAACAUUAUUUGAUGGACUGCAUAAUUCAGGUCUUUCCUGAUGAGUACCACUUGCAGACUCUUGAAAUACUAUUGAGUGCUUGUCCCCAACUUCAACCCGCUGUUGACAUCAAGACUGUUUUAUCACGCUUGAUGGAUAGAUUGUCAAACUAUGCUGCUUCAAGUCCUGAAGUGUUACCCGAGUUCCUUCAAGUUGAAGCAUUUGCCAAGUUGAGCAGUGCUAUUUGGAAGGUAGCAGAAGCACAAGUUGACAUGCCUAUAGUUGGAGCUGUUUCGUUGUAUGUCUCUCUUUUGACUUUUACACUUCGUGUACAUCCUGAUCGACUUGAUUAUGUGGAUCAAGUAUUGGGAGCUUGUGUUAAGAAACUCUCUGGUAAACCAAAGCUUAAUGAUAGUAAAGCGACAAAACAAAUUGUUGCUCUCCUCAGUGCGCCAUUAGAGAAGUACAGUGAUAUUGUCACAGCUCUAACACUCUCUAACUAUCCACGAGUCAUGGAUCACCUUGAUGCCGGAACAAAUAAAAUCAUGUCAAAAAUUAUAAUUGAAAACAUAAUGAAAAGGGAUACCUGUGUGUCUACUGCUGACAAGGUUGAGGUUUUGUUUGAGUUGAUAAAGGGCCUCAUCAAAGAUUUUGAUGGAAGCUCUACUAAUGAGCUUGAUGAUGAGGAUUUCAAGGAGGAACAAAAUUCUGUUGCUAGGCUAGUACACAUAGAAGGUGAUACUGUCAUGGAUGCUGUGGAUUUUGUGCUGCAAAACUUCAUAGAGAUGAAUAAACUAUGGGUUAGAAUGCAACAUCAGGGACCUGCCAGGAUUGAAGAGAAGCUGGAAAAGGAACGGAGCGAGCUUCGAGAUCUUGUAGGGAAGAAUUUGCAUGUUCUUAGUCAGAUAGAGGGUGUUGACCUUGAAAUAUAUAGAGAGACCGUGCUUCCUCGAGUACUGGAGCAGGUUGUCAACUGUAAGGAAGUGCUUGCACAACAUUAUUUGAUGGACUGCAUAAUUCAGGUCUUUCCUGAUGAGUACCACUUGCAGACUCUUGAAAUACUAUUGAGUGCUUGUCCCCAACUUCAACCCGCUGUUGACAUCAAGACUGUUUUAUCACGCUUGAUGGAUAGAUUGUCAAACUAUGCUGCUUCAAGUCCUGAAGUGUUACCCGAGUUCCUUCAAGUUGAAGCAUUUGCCAAGUUGAGCAGUGCCAUUUGGAAGGUAGCAGAAGCACAAGUUGACAUGCCUAUAGUUGGAGCUGUUUCGUUGUAUGUCUCUCUUUUGACUUUUACACUUCGUGUACAUCCUGAUCGACUUGAUUAUGUGGAUCAAGUAUUGGGAGCUUGUGUUAAGAAACUCUCUGGUAAACCAAAGCUUAAUGAUAGUAAAGCGACAAAACAAAUUGUUGCUCUCCUCAGUGCGCCAUUAGAGAAGUACACCGAUAUUGUCACAGCUCUAACACUCUCUAACUAUCCACGAGUCAUGGAUCACCUUGAUGCCGGAACAAAUAAAAUCAUGGCAAAAAUUAUAAUUGAAAACAUAAUGAAAAGGGAUACCUGUGUGUCUACUGCUGACAAGGUUGAGGUUUUGUUUGAGUUGAUAAAGGGCCUCAUCAAAGAUUUUGAUGGAAGCUCUACUAAUGAGCUUGAUGAUGAGGAUUUCAAGGAGGAACAAAAUUCUGUUGCUAGGCUAGUACACAUGUUAUAUAAUGAUGAUUCAGAUGAGAUGUUAAAGAUAAUAUGCACUUUGAGAAAGCAUAUCUUGGUUGGAGGUCCAAAGCGACUCCCAUAUACAGUUCCUCCUUUAGUUUUCUCUGCGCUGAAGUUGAUACGACAAUUGCAAGGUCAGGAUGUAGUAGAGAUUCCUUCCACACCAGAGGACAUUUUUCAGUUGUUGAAUCAGAUCAUUGAGGCUCUCUCAGCAGUUCCAUCUCCCGAGCUGGCAUUGAGGCUGUACUUGCAGUGUGCAGAGGCUGCCAAUGACUGUGAUCUUGAACCAGUUGCUUAUGAAUUUUUCACUCAAGCAUUUGUACUAUACGAGGAAGAAGUUGCGGAUUCUAAAGCGCAAGUGACUGCUAUCCACUUAAUAAUUGGAACUCUUCAGCGGAUGAAUGUUUUUGGCGUUGAAAACAGGGAUACCUUAACUCACAAAGCCACUGGGUAUUCAGCAAAGCUUCUGAAGAAACCUGAUCAAUGCAGAGCAGUUUAUGCUUGUUCACAUCUCUUUUGGGUUGAUGAUCAAGAUGGUAUCAGGGAUGGUGAGAGGGUUUUAUUGUGUUUAAAGCGCUCUUUGAGAAUUGCAAAUGCUGCUCAGCAGAUGGCAAAUGUUACGAGAGGCAGCAGUGGGCCCGUCACGCUAUUUGUUGAAAUUCUUAACAAGUACCUAUACUUUUUUGAGAAGGGAAAUCCUCAAAUCACCACUGCUGCAAUCCAAGGACUUAUUGAGUUAAUCAAGACAGAGAUGCAGAACGACAACACAACGGCGAAUCCAGCUUAUGAUGCUUUCUUUGCCAGCACGUUGCGGUAUAUUCAAUUUCAAAAACAAAAGGGCGGGGUAAUGGGUGAGAAAUUUGGUCCAAUCAAAGGUGUGAUUCUUGGGUUGGAUGGCUAGCAUUCAAAAUUUGUGUAGAGACCAUUCUGCCUUUCUUCUAAAUCUGUUCUCUCCAUGCCAGCACCAUUUACAUCAACAAAAGAAUAAAUGAAAGCAAGAGAAGUGCCUGUAUUGCCAAAGAAAAAUUUGGUUACUUUGUGGUAUGCUGCAUUUUCCAACCAAGUUUAUUAAGCUAAAAUGUACUAAAUUGAAUAUUGAUGAGCUAAAAGUAGGGAUCAAGAUGAACUGAAGUGAAUUGAAUGAGGGCUGGAUAAGGAUAUCAUGGGGAUAAAAAAGGGCCGGGGAUUGGAAAGAAAGCGGUUUCGGCCACUUCUUCGAUCAACGGGUUGGACGGAGGGCUCGCAAUUUCGAUCGGAAUUGGGCACGAAGACAGACGGAUCGGGGACGGACUACUUCUUCGACGCUGGGUGGUUCUCCGAUUGCAACAGCAGCGGAGGACGAUAGCUCGUGGUGGCAAAGCAGAGCCAAACCUGCGGCGAACCCUAGUCUUCGUCGGACAGUCAUUAACGAGGGCUGAUUCUGGUCCUAUUUCUUCAUCCUUCUUUGUUUAGUAUUUCAAUCCAAGAUUUUCACUAAUUUCUUAGAUGCCAAGUGUGUUGCUCAUGGAAGCUCUCCGCAAUGUCCAAAUUAUAUGUUUUUUUAUUAUAUAAAAUUACUAUUUUCAUAUACCCUAACUUUUCAUUGAUGUUAUAACCUGUGUUUAUGUUUUCUUAAGCUGAUAGCAAAAAGGGCCUUACUAGGUUGUUGUUCUUGUAUAAUGUAUCCUAUCUUUGUAAUACUCGUGGAGUGACACAUUAUUUCGGGUGCUCUUUAUCAGGCAAACCAAUAAUCUACCAAGUGGUGAAGGAAAUGAUUGAGAAGAUGGGCUAUAAAG